CCGUGCGUCGGCGCUGGCUCGCUGUAGAGGAAUGUGCGGAAACUUCUCCGUCUACACUUUUCUCUCCGCGCAGUUCGUCGAAGAAAACAAAACAUCAGAACCGGGAAAAAAGUGCAGGAAACUUGAGCAAAGUUCGGAUCGGAGGAGUCGCUUUUCGUCCCUGUGGAGGUGAAGAGACGAACUCGACAUGGCCGCUCAGACGGUGUUUUCGGUGGAGAUGUUUCCUGUGGGUGUUUCUCUGAUGGAGGACAGUCAGAGUCUCAGCGACAUGCCCAGGAACACACUGCCCGCCCCUCAGCUGGUGAUGCUGGCCAACGUGGCGGCGGUGACUUCGUCAGAGGGCGGCGCCUGUGACGGCAGCACGGCGGACGAGAAGGAGAUGAUGGAGCUGAAGACGGUGGGAUGCAGCUACUCGGACAGCGAGGACGAGAGCAUCAUCAGGUACAGCUAUGACAACCAGAACCACAGAGAGGUCUGUAUCAUCGAGUACACGGAGUCUCCAGGCCCGGCCGUCGACGCCGCAGUGGUUGGUAACGGCGCAGAGGAGGAAGAGGACGAUGGGGACAAAGCUGAAGAUCUGUCCCGCUGCCCUCAGCCCCGCCCCUCCACCAGCACCAGCGCACCUCAGCAGGUCGCCAAACGUAAAGACAGCCCCGCCACCGUGACUGAGAGCGUGAAGAAGAAGAAACCUUUCCACUGCAAACCGUGUCACUUCCAGGCCCAGAACGAGCAGGAGUUUGUGGAACACCUCAGCACCCACAGCAUCAGCAAGAUGAUGGUGGUGAACCGGGUGGAGGGGCGCAGCAAGGCCAAGGCCAAGGAGGCAGAAACACCUGAGGCCCAGGCUCUGUCAGGUGGGGAGCUGGGCGGCAGCGGGGAGCCAGGGGCCGCGGUGACAACGGGCGACAUCAAAGGGCUGAUCAGGUGUGAACGGUGCGGGUACAACACCAACAGAUACGACCAUUACAUCGCUCACCUGAAACACCACAGCAAGGAGGGAGACGACCACAGGGUGUUUAAGUGCACACUGUGUCCAUACACCACCGUCAGCCAGUACCACUGGAGGAAACACCUGAGGAAUCACUUCCCCAGCAAACUGCACACCUGCAGCCAGUGUUCCUACUUCUCCGACCGCAAGAGCAACUACAUCCAGCACAUCCGGACACACACAGGUGUGCGUCCUUUCCAGUGUCUGUACUGCGACUACUCCAGCUCACAGAAAACCCACCUGACCCGACACAUGAGGACGCACUCAGGUGAACGCCCUUUCAAGUGUGAGAGCUGUAACUACCUGGCAGCCAAUCAGCACGAGGUGACCCGCCAUGCCCGGCAGGUCCACAACGGCCCCAAACCUCUUUCCUGUCCCUACUGUGACUACAAGACUGCUGACCGCAGCAACUUCAAGAAGCAUGUCGAACUCCACCUCAACCCCCGCCAGUUCCUCUGUCCACUCUGCAAGUACGCUGCCUCCAAGAAAUGCAACCUGCAGUACCACAUCAAGUCCAGGCACUCCGGCUGCAACGUCCCCGUGGACGUCUCUAAAGUCAAGCUGCGUGUCAAGAAACCCGGACCUGACAGUGCAGAGGAAAACUCAGACAACAGAGCGAGCAAGUUUGAGAAUUGCUCCAGUGUCGAGGAGGACUUCGAUAUGGAUGACGAGGACGAACGCGAGGGAGCGGACUCCAGCCCGAUCAAUCUGUCAAUCAAAAAGAGCAGCAGGUCCAGCAACGCCCACCCUGUGCAGGGUGAAACAUCAGACAAGGCGCAGAAGAAAUCCAGCGUCACUUCUGAGAAAGAGAAACUACUGAAGGUGAAGGACAAGGUAGAACCAGAGAAAAAAGUCACGAGGCAGAAGAAGAACGAGAAGGUAAAUGAGAAUCCUGCAGAGAACACAGCUGUUAAAGAAACUCACACAGAGACAACAACAGCUGCUGGACAAACCGACAGCAAGGUGAAGAGACGAGUCAAGAAGCUCCCUGUGGAGAAACCCACUGUCCAGGACCAAGCAGAAGCACAUGAAUCCCAAAAAGACCAAACAGAGACAGAGAAACCUGACCAACAAAGAUCUAAGGAGGAAAGAAUGGCACGGCAGAAGGUGGUGAAAGAGGAAGAGAAGUCGAGACCUGAGAAGGAAAAAGAACAGCAGAAGAAUGAUAGCAGUGAAAAGGAGAACAAAAGCCUCAACAAGCCCAGGAAGUCUGGGACAAAGAAGUCAGAGAAAAUUACAGUGUGUGUCAAAGAAGCUCAGCAGAAACCCGAAAGCCAUGAGACAAAUAAAAAGGAAAAGGCUGCAAAGAGGAAAGCAGUGGAGGCAUUAGAUCUUUCCAAAAGCUGCUCAGAGACGCCAGCCAAGGUCAGACGACUGAAAGCCACAGCUGCUGAGAAGCUGCAGCCAAAACCUGCUGCAGAAGACUCUAACAAGUCCAAUGAAGCCACUCCGACACGGCACAAGUCCAGUGGAACAACACCAGUGAAGCAAAAGAAGACCAGGAACUCCAACAAGAAAGGUGCAGGCCUUCCACAAACUGUGGAACCAGCUAAAGAAGAAACAAAGUCCGUCAGCAGUUCGUCCACAGAGACUCCAGAAGCAUCCGCUCAGCCGGACAACCCGACACGAACCACAAACUCUGAGCACCGGCCGACAGAAAGCCGCCCUGCACAGACCAAACCCCCCGGAGGUCAAACAACUGCAGCUGUGCUUGUAAAGACUCAGAACAAACCCUCAGAGAAGAUGGAAGUGUCACCCACCUGCAGCUCGAGUAAGGACACACCUUCUCCAACUGAGGACCCCCCUGCUCCGACCUUCCGUAAACCCAAAUCACCGCCCUCUCUGAUGCUUCCGAGCCAGCGAAUCAAACCCACUGACCCGGAGGACGAUGAGGGGAUCCACAGCAGUCACGAAGGCGGAAGCGACAUCAGCGACAGUGCGUCUGAGGGCAGCGACGACUCCGGCCUCAAUGGCAACGCCGCCGGGUCAGGUAAGAUGGCCAACGACCCCGAAACGCCCACUGAUGAGAUCCCCACACCAACGGAGCUCAAGAGUCACAUGUGCAUCUUCUGUGACCGUACAUUCCCUUUGGAGGUGGAGUACCGCCGGCACCUGAACCGUCAUCUCGUCAAUGUCUAUUACAUGGACAACACCAAAGGACAGAAAUGAGGAUAUGUGUCCACAGCCACGUCUUUGUGCUAUGGACAUUUGUUUGAGCUCUGAGCUCUAAGACCAAGCUGAGCAGUUUGUCGUUAGAUUCUGGUUAUCAACUGUCUCUACGUGUAAAGAUGAACUCAAACUGCCAGAGAGCCUGAACUCUAUGAGACGGAUUCAGAAACUGCGGCUUCUCUCAUGAUCAGGCCUCUGAGCAGAGGCAGUGGCUCAUUUUGUCACAUAUGCUGAACCCACUUGUGCCAACAUGUUGCUGGUUUUUGACUCUGAGACCAAACUGGUGUCAGAAAUGAGAUUUAUUACCUUUGUUCCGAUCAGAUCUGUAUUGUUUUUACUGUUUUCAGCUACAGGAGCGUGAUCUUUGUUUGCAGCGUCUCACGUUUGGAAAAACUUCUGUGGUUCUGUGGUUGAUUUUCCCAGUGAGCGAGUUGUGAUGUGCUCCAGGUCUACGUUCGUGUGACCUCAGGGUUACACUGUCCAGAUGUCAGCGCUGCAGCUUUGGUACGUCCCUGUGUUAUAAUGAACAACAGCAGGUGGCGCUGUCACGUUUCUGACUAUGUUCCAGAUAUUUUGUAGAAAUCUGUAUCUAAUCAAACGAGAUGCUGAUCUGAGCAGCUCUCACACCUUUACCCUCAUUAACUCGUGUAGCUAAGGUUAGAGAAAGCCUUCGGUGCCUUUGACAAUCACGCCUGUGUCCUGUAACGUCUUCGCUUCUCUUUUAGUUCUGUUUUGGUGAAAACAACACGUUAUUUUCAUGUUUAAAGUCAGCAGGAAGAACUUCAUUUUCAAAAACUUCCCUCGAGUCCAAAGAGACGACGGUGUGUUUGGUUUCUGAGAGGGAAGGCGAGCCUGGUCCUGACAGGGGGACGCCGCUCAGACUCUUCAUUCCUCAUUCAGGGCCACGCUGGUCUUGGUCUGGGGCUGGAGGAGAAUAAAACACGAGUUUCAAAGCCUGAGUGUGUUAAAGAAUUAAAUGCAACUCGUUUCCUUGUAAAUAAUCUGGUGCAAUAUUCCCGUUUUAGAUCGAGAAGCCAAAGUGAGUUUCAGUCGCGUUUUUCUUCUGACUGUGAAGAAACGUCACCUCUGAUCUGUUUCCAGAACUGAAGUUAGAACUGAUGAAAACCUGAUGAUGCAUCCUCACAGUUAAACCUGUGUGAGACAGGAGUUGGUUGUGUUGGGGUGUGUGUGGCGGCAGCAGCUCACGUGUGUUGUGUACUUGUUGUUCGGACUCUGGUAGAUGAUCCUGCGUGUUAACUUGUGUCUGUAUCCUCAGAACAGGAUGAGACGUUCAGCGUUUCCGUCCUCUGAUGUCAAACUGAUGGGACGUGAAUUAGCUAACUGUCCCCGUGUGUGGACAGCCUGUGGGUGGUGGGGGAUCUUAUUCUCUCUGGACUAACACAGUGAGGUGAAGGUUCAAGUCACAUUUAACCUGUAUCGUACAUUUUUUAAAAAUAAAGUUCAAACUUGUGUU